AUGGGUGCACUAAAGCGCAAGCUGGAGUCGAUUGGGCCGUCCAAACGAGCCAAGGUGGCAAUUAGGCCAUCACAGACGUUAUAUGUGAACAAUUUGAACGAUCAGGUGCUGCGCAGGUUGCUCAAACACAACUUGUAUUUACUAUUUUCAACCUAUGGAGAUGUUAUCGACAUUAUAAUACGGCCCAAAAUGCGGGGCCAGGCCCAUAUAAUUCUAGAAUCUGUUACCAGUGCACUGUCAGCAAAGGCUGGUCUCGACAAAAGGCGAUUUUUCAGCAAGGAAAUGAGUGUAAAUUAUGCAAAGACAAAGUCUCGGAUUGUAGCUCGAGCUGAAGAUGACACGGGAGGUGAUAUUGGUAUAGCUGAACAAAAGAAGGUCACGGAUGCGGACGAAAUCAACGAGGAUGUUCCCGGUUACGAAUCGUAA